GUACUCCAGCCUUCACCUAAGUCCCAUAGCAGGUUUGCUAACCACACAUACAUAGACUUCUCGCUGAUACCGGUGACCACCCCGGCUCUCCUCCAUCAGCCCAUGCGUCGCCAGCGCUGCCAAAGGCAACCCUCGACACGGUUGCGGCUGGCAACAGCAAAAAGGAGUAGAGAGCAGAGUUUUUUUCCAUCACUACACGGAGUCUUGCAUUCAUGAACUCAUGCAUAGACCGGGCGGGGUUUGUCAUCUGCAUUUGCGGCGGGUUUGUUCAUCAAAAUUGCUUUUUUUCUCUCCUAAAAGUUGGGCCGCCCCUCAUGAUACCUCCCUUAUCUCGAUAGACGUUACCCAUCAGAGAGACGGCCAGGGCAGGGGAGACAUCUGUCGUCAUUGUUCUUUUUUUAUUAUUCUGGAGUUUGGGGCGGGGGAAUCGAUUGACCUCUUCUUCACUUCUGCCCUCUUCGUGUUGUUUGUACACUUUCAAAAGUUUUUAUGUUGCUUGGUGCUUCGCCACCAGUGCCCAUUGUGGUAUGGGUGGCGGGCUGGGAUUGGGAAAGUGGAGGAAGCUUGCCUAUCUCUCUAUAAUGGAUUCAUGCUUUACGGCCUCUCUGCCUUGUCUCUCCCCACAUUCUGCACUGUCAUGGAUUGUUGGCUUCUUUUUCCGGACAAGCGAGAGCCUCAGCGGCACUUCCCACUUCCUCGCAUGAUCACCAACUCCCUUGCUACUUCAAUUCACAACCUUUACACACGCGAUGGUCUUUGUAAUCACGUUCUCUCUUCUGGGACUGGAGGCUUUUAUGGAGCGGUUUUCCCUUUUGUUUGGCGUUAUGUUCAUCAAUCACUUCCCACAUGACCGACAGGCUGUGCUCGCGAAGACAGCAAGCGGAAAGCGAUCUGACGAAGAUAUGGAUUAGGUUGGAGGUUGGGCAAUGAGGGUGAUGAGGGUGGGUGGAUAUGCAAGAGUUGGACGAGGCACACGAGACAUGGGCGAGUUUGGGAGGACACUGAAAAGAGGGUGCAUCACCUGUCACUAACCGGCCAUCUAGAGGGGCUGGUGCGCUGCGUUGAGGCUAGAGACAAGCGUUUGUGUGUGUACAUAAGCGUUGGCUUGCUUUUAUU